AUUAAUUUCACUAUUACUAAAUUUGUUGUUUUCAACCCUAAGAGCUGGAUUCAAUAGACAACAAGUACUCUAUAAAGUGCAGAGGCAUUAUGAACUUUUCUUAUUUGAUGUAACAAGUUGGAGGCACAACAUGUUUUCUUCUUUUAAAACUCGUGUUAUAAUGAUUUCCAACGAGCCGUAGAAGUCAAAUAACCAAAAAUAAAAUAAAAUGAAGAAAAAGCAGAGAAGAAGAAAACGACUACUCUGGCAUGAUUGAAAUAAAAAUUAAGAAAAGAAAGUUAGAUAAGAUUAUGUGGUGGAAGAUAAGGCCGUACACGUCAUCAAAGGGACCCACACUUCCCCCCUCAAAUUGUCUUCCACCUCCAUUCUUCUGAAACCAAACAUCCCCCAAACUCGACUCACCGCCGCGUCUUCUUCACACGCGCGCCUUCUUUAUUGUUUAUUCAUUUUUCCGUUGCUUUUCUCGUUAUCCAAACACAAGAAUUCUGCUUUUUUUCAUUAUAAAAAGAUUUUUAAUAAAAAAAUAUAUAUAAAAAAGUGAUCCUUUUGCAGAGAAGAUUCAAUUCCCUUGUCUCUAGGGGGAACAGAACACAUUAUCGUCUCCAUCCAUUACUCCUAAAACCUUCUUUCUCCCAACUUUCACCUAAACGAUGAGAAGACAACGAGAUGAAGAGUCUAGUAGAGCUUUCUACGACCUAUCUGCUCUUGUUCUGUCUCUCCUCCGUUCUCCUCCGAUGCCCAUUUCUCUCCCCGACCACUUCCCCGAUUCACCGGUGGUGAGAAGUCGGCGGCCUCGGUUUUCGUCGUCGGUUUCCAUGGCUCAUAUAUCUCCGUCGGGAUUCGCGUCGCUGCUUCUCGGCGUAUCUGUGGCCCUUAUGCUCUGUGGAUCUGUUACUUUCUUCAUCGGCUUCCUCCUGCUGCCCUGGGUUCUGGCUCUGUUCGUGGUUUUCUAUGUCGUCGGGAUCGUUUCCGCCAUUUCCAUGGCCGGGAGGUCCAUCCUCUGCUACGUCUUGGCGCCACCGUCUCCCUCAAGAAAGGAGGUUUCUGAAUGGAAGCUGUUAUGAUGUGAUGAGCAAGCAGAGGACAAAACAAAAGAAAGAAUCCAGAUUUAGAGUUUUUCUAUCCUCUUUUAUCUGUAUUGUGGAUAUUGAGGAGUUCUAUAUCUAUAUGUAGUAUUUUGUUUUUUUACUUUCAAAAAGAUUUGUCUGUUAGAGAGAUAGAGAACCUUUCUUAUUUGUGCUUUUUUUCAUGGAUGGUUCUAUUAUUAUUAUUAUUAUGUAACAUGAGUUUCUUAUAAGAAGCAUACAAAAGUACAUUUGUCUUCGA